GAUCGCAACCUGACCACGACCACGAUCUCGACACCGACGGACACGGCAACGACAUACCCUGGACGCCAUCCACAACAUUGACCUGGAUUGAGAAUUUACUUGUGAUACUCUAACUUGCUGAUGGUAACACUGCUGUUUCUGGACUUGCGAAAUGUCACGACUCAACUUCGACAUCGACGACGCUGCUCUACUGAAGGCCUACAAACUUUCGUCAGCGUCUCCUACGAAAUGGGAAGAGACGGCAGAUGAUUUGGACGAGGUGGUCAUCACCAGUCCUACUGGCGGUCUUCGGGAGAAUGAAAGUGACCCUUUGGGACUUGGAGCUGUCGUCGACGUGCGGAGUAUGGACUCUGAAACCAAGGCUGCCGUCCUUAUAUCAUCCAAGUCAUUCAACCCCAAGAUGUUUCUCUCGGUUGUUCACCCUAACGCAACCUAUCAAGAUCUUGCUUCUGGGAUAUCCCGUCUUCGUGCUUCAAUUGACUCCCAGUCAGAAGCAAUUCGGAUCCUUGUUGAGGAGAACUUUGAUAGAUUUGUUGCUGUGAAGAACUCGACAGAUGCAUUAUACGCCGAGAUGCGAGAAGGUCUCCUGGCCGAAUCAACUGACUUCGGAUCGAAGCCACUAAGAGACCAUCUGAAAUUGGCGGCACAGAAAGCAGACCAGGUCUUUCUACCUGUUCUUGAGAACGCUACGAAAGCUCAGAAACUUCGUACAACCCUUGGAGUGUUUGAACGCUCCAAGUUCUUCUUCAACCUUCCAGGAUCUCUCGUCGAACACAUCGAAGCUACCCGUUACGAAGCGGCCAUGCGCGACUACAAGAAGGGAAAGUUCAUGCUCGAGUCUCGUCCUGGGCAACUCCUACCCAUCGGCUCCACUAAGGACAGUCAAGCAGCCGCUGCCGCUGCGCAACAGCAGAAGAGGAUUUUGGAUAAGGUCUGGGCUACCGUUGAGAAAGUCAUGGGUGAAAUGAAGAACCAACUUUCGGCUAAACUACAAGAAUCCACAAGAAGCGUAGAAGAGCAGGAGAAAACACUGGACAUUCUUCUUGAACUGAGCCCAAACGAAGAACCUGUGUGGACGUACUUUGAUGCUCAACAUAAGGCUAUCAUGACGCAAAUGAAAGAGACAUACACGACAGCUGUAAAUGUUAUUAGAUUUGUUCAUGAGAAGACGUCCCCUGACAUCUCUUCUCCUGAUGCAUUGUCAUGUAUCCUAUCUGCUCAACUGAAGACUUGUAUCACCGCCGUCGAAACCAAGCAGCCUGACACCGUAGUCUCACAAGCCAGCGGACACGCGGUAUGGCAAGCUGUACUGACGAUGGUCAAGAAUGUGUCAGAAGCGAUGAUGGCCCAUCUUCCUAACUUCUGGAGGAUAUCCAGGGGUUUCAUAGACGGCAAGUACAGAAAGGGUGCCCCUAGUUCACGAAGAAGCCCGUCACAAUGUCGCACUAUGGCACUUGACAUCGUCAAGCUCUACAUUUCCCUUCUCUCUGAAUUCUUCUUGUUCUCUGACAUGGCUGUGAUGACACCGCCGACAUCCUCAUCCAACACCACUCCUCCAUUGCUCCCCAGAGAUUCGAACUCGCUUACCACUGCUCACCAUUUGAUGAAGAUCCUUGGUGAGAUCCAGGAAAGCGUCAGCGAAAUCAAUGGCAUGGAGAUUUCCAACGAUGCCAGCUCAAGCUUGAAGAGUCUGUUGGAGAGUGCGAGGUGGAAGUUCGAAGAUAUCCUCAUACAUGCGUGGCUUCGAGAUGCCAAUAUUCUAUAUACCCUGGAGUCAUGGGUUGGCUCUACCGCAGAUCCGUAUACCACAAUAUACCUCUCGCAAAUGCGUACUUUCCAACGUCAAAUUACCACCAGUGCAUUCAAGCUCGCGGGUGGUGUCGAUCUCGCUCCUUCAGCGAUGUCUUCGUCAAGAUCGACGAAGCAGAAUCCUAUUGCACCAGAAUUCAUUGGCAAGAUCACGAAGGCGUUCCUGGAUACAUUAUAUGCUGUCCUCGAUGGUCUAGUCCAUCUGGCUUCGGACGAGUUGCUACCUGGCGUAGUGAAGCAGACGACUCCGCAGACUGCCGCAAUGACUGGCUCAAAUCCGUUGUCUUUGUUGGAUCUCGAGAAUCCUGAAAUACGACUGUUGCUGGUCGUCUCCAAUUUCGGACAUCUGAGAAAUGUGCUCAUUCCUAGUAUGAUGAGCGAACUGGAAAGCGCUUUUGGUAUCAACAUUGAAGCGGACAAACAGACAUUGAUGACGGUGGUGCAAGAACUUGACAAGACACUUUUCGAAAGCUACAUCAAACCGAAAGCAGGGGUGCUGAUGAGUAUCAUCCGAAACGGCAUACUCGACCCUCAGAUGGACUGGUACGAGACACCACAACCAAAGGAGAUCCGGCCAUACGUGUACGAGUUGCUGAUAUAUCUUGUGGGCGUGCACGCCCAAGUCAGCUCGGCGGCGGCGCCACUUCUCGAACGAACCCUAAACGCAUUGGUGGAAGACAUUGCCGGCGAGGCCUUGCGAUGUUUCCGCCAAGUCAAGCGAUUUGGAAUGGGUGGGAUGCUUCGGGCAACACUGGAGAUUGAGUUCAUGCAUCAAACUCUUUCCCGUUACGUUACUCCGUCAGCGGCGAAAACACUGUCCGAUUUGUAUAACAAGAUUUCGCAGGCGUAUUCCCGAAAACCUGGGGAUGAGAACCUACAGGUACAUUUAGACGGAGUGAAGAAAACCCUCGCGGAGACCAGGAGGGCUACUGGAAUAGCGUUCCUAUGCUUCAGACAGACGAAGGAGAGGUCAAAGGAGAAAGGUUCUAGUUCCUCGGGAACGAGGACCAAAGAACGGGAAAAGGAGAGAGAGCGGACAAGAGACAAGGAAAGAACCGCAGGAGGAACUAGUGGAGCUGCGCGGACACGUUAAUGGUUCGUGCUAGCCUUGUAUGAAGUAUUAUUAGCUAGUUCGCCGUCGCCUCUUCUAAUGACAGGUUCCUGAUAAUCCUC